AUGUGGACACCAUCCGCGAUAUUGACAGCUACUCCGCGCUCGACAAAGCCAUUUGUUUUUGGCCACAUUGACGUCGUUCGAGCACUUCUCAGACAUGGGGCGGACGUGAACGCUUGUGACGAUGAUUAUUUUACUCCACUUCACCUUGCUGCUCAAGAAGAUCAGGCCGAUGCGAUUGAUGCGUUGAUCCAGGCAGGGGCCAACACCGAGGCCAGCCGGGGCCGUCGGUGGACGCCCCUGUUCUCUGCGAUGGAGUACUGCAGUAUCAGCGCCAUUUACACCCUCCUGCGGCACGGCGCAUCCUUGACAGUGCAAGACACGGAUGGAGACACGCCGUUGCACCGGGCGUGCUACUGGCAGCAUAAAGGCCUGGAGGCGACCGUGGGCCUCUUGCUGCGGUCGGGAGCGGACGAAACAGCCGUGAAUAGCGCUGACGAGACUCCCGCAGAUUUGCUCGGUUAUCUCGACGAUGACGAUGGUAAAAGAUAUUCCGAAGCGGAGAUCGAGCGGGUGCGGCUGUUGCUGGCUCGGGCUCCGACCAACCGAGCGUGGCUUGGCCGUUGCUGGCUCGUGAUGCUGCGCUCUUGCGCAAAGACAGGUAGAGCUUCCACCGACGAAACCGUCGGUGCUGAUGAAGAUUCAAACGAUGCUGGUGACAGGAAGAGCGGAAAGUUCAAGGGGGUGAGGAGGGAGAAUGGGGAGAGCGCUGGUAGUUGGGUACGCUCUCGGAUGAACGGCGCCGGCGAAGUUGGAGUCGAGGGUGGGGCGGGAGGCUGGGCGAGCAUUGUGGCCUCCGUGGUAGGGCUGGAGCCGGAGAAGGUGUUCCGCUCGAUUGUGGGCUUCCUGUGAAGAUAGACGGUGGUCUCGGGAGAUCUCAGGAGAUAUUUACAGGCACGAGCCCCACUUGUUGGGUAUAGUUGGGGUGGUGGUACUCGUACCGAGGGCUCUGUGCACCGAUACACUGGCUGUGGCCUGUGGACAUUACGUACGUAUGCCUGACUAGAACGCGUGGCCCGUGCGUCGUUCCGAUACCCGUGCUUCGAUCAACACCGACAUGACACCAACAUAAUUUGCUGUGUUUUUGCAAGGCACGAAUUUUGUGUUGGUUUAGCCUUUCUGCCUGCUUCUCUCAUGUCUACCAUGUCGCACAGACAAACCGGGAAAAUCAAAUUUCAAAUUUGCGACCCUCAAACUCACUUCUAGCUGCCCUCUACCACCACCGCAACAGCAUUGUAGAGUUUCCUCUUGCAGGGUUAGACGUGUGAUUUUAAAGAAGAGCUAACGGGAACCACAUGUAAAUCCGACAGUGUCUCUUGUCGCUCUUUUUUGUUCUGUUCCAAAAGGGAGCCGGCCCCUCAAGCGCAGAUCGAUCGCUAUCCACGAAUUCUGAUUUCCCGGCAGUGCUAGCGCUGGCGCUCCUACCUCCGGGACCGGCGAGCGGAACACAUCAUUUUUUCUUGGUCGUGGUGGCUACCCACAAGGCCUUGCAUCAAAUCUGGGCAUGUUUUGUUUGCUGCCGCAUUGUGGGAUGGACAGACGAGGGUAUCUGUGGACGGGUAGAACACGAAAGGGGAAGCUUUUUAGGAGCGUUUUGUCUCAGUCAAAUGAGUGUUGACUGUCUAGCGCCGAGGGGCGGUUCUUGGGUUGGGUAAAUGGUGCUUAGAUGCUAAGGUUACGCAACCGUCUUGCGGAAUGUAGCAGUACAUUUGCUGAAGGCAGGACAAUCCCAGACG